CUGCAUUGGCAGUUGCUUGCCAAAGUUUGGGUAAAUCCGUGAGUGACUUGCAGACUUUCGUCACGUUAAGCGAAUGUCCUCUUCUGUUCUAGAGUGUUGCUUGUUCUAGUUAUUUACAAUCUUAAUAUGUGCCAGAAGCUUUCCUUAUUGGAUUUAGCUACCAAAUCUGUAGGAAUUUGUUUUAUGUAAAACAGUAAAAAUAAUUUGAAUAAAUCAUGACUCUACAGUCUCUACAUUGUUCUCAUAUAAUGCCGACGGGUGGUCGUCAUGGAACACACUUGGAAUUCUCUGAAAUCUCUCCUAAUCUUCUUGCCGCCGCAAUUAACGAAAACUUUGGAAUUACAGGAAAAGGAGAAGUUGCUGUGCUGAGCAUUGAUUACAGUGGUGGCGGGUCUGCACUUCAAGGACCCAAGUUCAGUGGUCGAGCGUCAGUGUUUGCUUAUGAGACCGCUUUGACAAGCUUGUGCUGGUGCUCCCAAGCCCCUCACCUCAUCCUCACGGGGGCGAAAGAUGGCCGACUGCUCCUCUGGAAUGCUGGCAAGCCUCAGGAAGAAGCGUUAGUUCAGCAGUACGUGGGACCUGUGCGAGAAGUGGCAGCCGUGGCCUGGAGUCCCGUGGCCUCUGAGCCACGCUUCGUGGCUGCUUCCUGGGAUGGUUCUAUACUGAUGUUUGACCCGGCCGUGGGCAUCGCUACCCAACACGUCGCUCAGUUCCCGUGUCUGGUGUACGACGUGCGAUGGUCGCCACGCUUUCCCAACACCUUCAUCGCUGCCGCCGGAGACGGUACGGUGCGCGUGUACCAAGGAGGCCUGCCAGGGGUGACGGUCCCCGCCCGUCCAGGGGCCGACGUCCUCAGCUGCGAUUGGAGCCCCACUUCUCCCUACCUCCUGGCUACCGCUGACGCCGAGGCUGGCGUCAGGCUCUGGGACCUGCGCUUCUGUCAGCAGCCGCUCGCCGCCAUGCAGGGACACUCGAAGGCCGUCAAUAAAGUGCGGUUCUCCCCUCACCUCCCCAGCACCCUCGCCACCGCCUCCUACGACUUCACCACCCGAGUGUGGGACAUGGACGGCCGAAUGUUGACGUCAUCGGCGCACAGCGGCUUCAGCGUCAGUGUGGCGUGGAGCGCCGGCGCAGCAGGUGUGCUCGCCGACUGCUCCUGGGAUUCCACACUCGCCCUCUACGUUAUCUGAUUACUUAAUUUUGUUCGUGACAUUAUUUUUCGUGGGCAAAUAUUUAAUGAUUUCAAUGUCAGUUGAUCCUACAUUUAUCUGAGAUUAUUCUCAGUGGGCAAAUUAUGAUUUUAAUAUCCAUUGUUCUUCAAUGGAUAUUAAUUAAUGGAUAUCCAUCUUCCAUUCUAUUGUUCCUAUCCUUAACCGAGAUUAAUGCUCGUAGGCAGAUGAUUAUUUAAACAGGUAUAAAGUGUUCCUGCAUUCGGUUCACCAUAAAAUAACGAAGCUCUCUGUUAAAUGAAAUGCUAACUUCUGGAACUUCGUUACAAUUUAUGUACACAACAAAUGCCGGCAACCUAUUUAGUUUUGAAGCGGCCAUUACAUAUUUAUUUGUCACUUACUAAAAUUUUUAAUUGAUCCAUUAAAAUGACCUUCAAAUGAUAUCUAUAUUCAUCAGCAACUUCAUACGAUUUUUUUCACAAACUGUGAUAUUCGUGCCAUGAUUUGCAACUGGUGAUUCAUCAUUUUCUAUUAUACGUCUGGCUGGAAAGAUAUCAUAUUAUA